CGCUCGUGUCAUGGCAAGUUUUUUUUCUUCUAAGAAGCUGUGGUAUUAAGGAACUGUUUCUUCAGAAAGCUUUUUUUUCUUCCAGCAAGCAGGAAGCAGUGGGUCAUAUAUACCACAGGCAGGUCGUCUUAUUGGCAUUUGUAUGUGGAAAUAGGGAUCUCUCUCUCUUACUGCACUGCCCACAGCACGGGAUAACUUUUACACCAUGGGCACACUGGGUGAUAUGUUGGUUCUAGUAGACUUUAAGGGGCAACUUGAUGAUGAGUUAAAAAUAAAAACUGGAGAUGUCAUACAGAAUGUGAAGAAAACAGCAGAAGAAGGCUGGCUAGAAGGAGAGUUCAAUGGGAAGAGGGGCUUCUUCCCCCAAAUGUUUGUGAAGGAAAUCCCUCCAUUCUUCCUAAAUGACAAUGCACAGAGGUACCCAAGGUCGAUCAGGAAACCUAAUGCAUCCAUUGUACCUAAGAAUCCCCAGGAGGAGCUCCCAGACACACAGGCACCCACUGAUGAUGGUUAUGCUGGGGUCAAUAAGAAGAAACGUUGGUGCAGAGUCGAGUAUACCUACAAAGCAAGCAGUGCCGAUGAGCUGGAUCUCUCUGUAGGGGAUACUUUUGAAGUAUUAGAAGAGAUUGAAGAUGGCUGGUACUUAGGCAAGAAAGGAGAUGUAGUUGGUGCUUUUCCAUCUAACUUUGUAAAAGAAAUCCCAGAGCCUCCUUCUGAUAAAAUACCAGAACAUUCAAAAAAUGCCAAAAAGAGGCCAGCAAUGAUGGAUAUUAACUUCUCAGCCAAAGAAGAAGGGAAGUGUAAACAAGAUGAUAAACCAGUACCAGAGAACCAAAGCAAAGUAGACUCUUCACUUCCUCAGGCCAAAGAAUAUUGUAGGGUCAUGUUCAACUAUAUACCUUUUCUACCUGAUGAACUUGCGUUAAAGAAGGGUGAUGUGAUACUGCUCAUAAGCAAGGAGACAGGAGAUGAAGGUUGGUGGCAAGGAGAACAUAAUGGGAAAACUGGGCUGUUUCCAGACAACUUUGUUAUACCAAUUCCUCCAGAUAUGCAAAAUAAAACCAACAAACUUCCAACUCGAACUUCAACUAUAAAGGGCCCAGAGACUAAAUCAGACCUAAAUAUCAUGGAUAAAAAGCCUCAAGAAGUUAACAAGUCCGCUGCAGAAGUCAACAAACAUGAACCCACAGCAACUAAGGGCCAGAAAGGGCAACGUGAACCAAAGGCUGACCAUACUCCCAAAGUGAACAACCAGCCAGCAAAGAAGUCAGCUCCUCCCCCUCCAGUGCCAAACAAGGUCAAACAUAAUGUUGCUGGUCCCUCCAACAAACCCAGCACUGAAACGGGAGAAGAUGUGAAUCAUAGUUCCAAGGAGUCAAAUACUUUAGAUGGAUUAAGGUUGUCUUCUGUGAAGCUGGCACAUCCUACUGCAGACAGACCAAAGAUGAUGGGCAAACGACUACCUAAGGGGAAGAAACCUGUAGCAGAAUCAGAUGAUAAAAAAGCUGAAGAGAAGGUGAAUUCUCAUAACAAAGUAUCCUCAUCCGCAAAGGAUCCAAGGAUCUCCAGCACCACUAGUCCAGCAUCCUCACCAACUAAGACUAGCUCGCUGUCUCCCUUAGCUGCCUCAACAAUGAAGCAGAGCCAGGAGACUUCUGAAAAUCAUGUAUCCUCUGUGCAGAGUUUAAAAGUAGAAGACGUUGCAGCAGAGAUUGCAUCACUCAAGUUCAUGAUGGAUCUUUUGAGGAACAAACAUGCAAAAGAUAUGGAAGAUAUCAGAUCAGAGAUGAAUGAAGAGAGAGCCAAACGCCUAGCACUCCAGAUGGAAGUUGAGCACCUGAAGAAUCUGUCUUCGGCAUAGAUCAUUGCUGGAUCUAACGUGUCCCUGUCCCCUGAACAUAUAGAACUCAUGGACUCCAUAAGGAUCCAGAUUUGGAAAGAGAAUGGACCCAGUGGUGACUUAACAUACAGACACUACCCAGUUUUACAUUGAGAUUUUAUUCAUUCUGUGGAGAAACACUGAAAAUGAAUCUUUAACCAAAGUGGCUGCCUCUUUUGCAUUCUUCCUAAUGUCAUUGUUUUAGUCUUCUCGUAGGCCUCAUUAUAUCCAUUAUCCAUCAAUUUUAUUCAUGCUGUGGAGACACACUGAAAAUGAGUCUUUAACCAAAGUGGCUGCCUCUUCUGCAUUCCUAAUGUCAAUGUUUUAGUAUUCUCAUAGGCCUCAUUAUAUCCAUCAUCUAUCCAUUUUAUUCAUGCUGUGGAGACAUACUGAAAAUGAGUCUUUAACCAAAGUGGCUGCCUCUUCUGCAUUCCUAAUGUCAAUGUUUUAGUCUUUUCAUAAGCCUCAUUAUAUCCAUUUUCUAACUACUUGGGCAUCUUCUGCACUUCUACAUCAUCAAAGGUCAUGUUGUAGAACAUAUUUAAAUAUGUCAUCUCAAUAGCAGAGCCAGUUUGGUAAAUAAUAGUUGAGACUAUAAUGGGUUCCAUAAACAGGUGACAUUUUUUUGUACCUCUUGAAUUAAGAUGGUAAUUUUCAUUUAUAUGCACUGCCUGAGCAGAACAUGUUCCUGCCUGAUCUCAUAUACAUUUUUGCUCUUACUAUCAGGAUUGCACAUGUACAAUGGGCCUUCAAAACAUUUAUCAACUAUCAUCCCAGAGGUGAACCCUAAAUCCACAAGCAUGAUGUACUACAUCUAGACCUAUGUCCUAAGGACAUUAUUUGGUAAUGUUUUUAACCAGCAUAGAUCUCAACCUGAGAAACUCUGCAUUUUGAAUAACUAUAUAGACCUGAUUGUCUCUUUUGCACAGCUCAAAGUAAAGUUGUAAUUAGAAGAAAUUACAUAUAUUUUCUUAUGUACUUUUAAUACUUGGGACCAGUUCAGUGCCAAACCUCUUCUGGCCUUGAAAAGACUUAUGGGAAAGUCAAAUUUUUAAAAUCAGGUUGGGUUAUCUGUUAAUAUCUGUCUUUUUCUAUAUAACUUGUGCAAUAUUUUUAAUAAAUAUGCAUAUAUUUAUUCAUAUAUAAACUUCAA